AUAUGUGUGUGUAUCAUAGUUAUAUUUAGAAUUACCCUCUGGUCUUUGCGGGCGUGCAUAUCGAAAGGAAGUGAGUAGGAGUGCUUUAGCAUGCAACAUAUGAUUGUGGAAUUUUGUUAAACAAUUCUGUUUUCUGCACUGUUCACCUGUACAUAAGGCUUUUUACGAACAAGCAACAGAGAAUUUUGAAGAAUGGCUGACGGCGAUUGUCCCCCAGCGCCACCAAUGCGAUCGACUUCGCAUAAAGAUUCUACAUCACCGGCAUCAACCAGACCUCUUCCUAACACUCCUGUUGAUGGAGACAAGAAAAAGAAGAAAGCAACAUUUACUUUUUUUCCUAUGAAAGGAGAUGACGAUAAGAAAUACAACAAGAAAAAGCCAGAAAUUUCAUAUCCUACAAAGUUUGAACAUACAAUUCAUGUGGGUUUUGACCCCGUCACUGGUGAAUUUACGGGUAUGCCUGAGUCAUGGAAAACUUUAUUACAAACAUCAAACAUAACUAAAAAGGAACAGCAGCAGAAUCCUCAGGCAAUUCUAGAUGUUUUGAAUUUUUAUGACAGUGCAAACAAAGAAUCGGAACCAGCAAAGUACAUGCAAGUGUCUAAACCAUAUAAUGAAACAGUAUCAUCAAAUACUCAUCCUCAAAGCAAUUUAUCACCCCCUGUUAAAGAUGAUAGUAAAAGUGGAAGAAAUGAUAAUCACACGACUCUUCCCUCGAGUCAGCCACAAAAACCACCGACUGUUCCAUCUCGACCAGAAAUUACCAAAUCAAAGUACAUUCCUAAUGAAUCAGUAAAACCGUCUGGUAAACCAGAGGAAAAGGAAGCUAAUGAUAAAAACGCUCAGACAAAACAGAAGAAAAAGAAAAUGACCGAUGAAGAAAUACUUUCUCGGCUGAGAACAAUUGUUACAGUACGAGAUCCCAAAAAGAAAUAUACAAAGUUUGUGAAAAUUGGUCAAGGUGCUUCAGGGACGGUAUACACUGCUAUUGACGUCGCUACUGGACACGAGGUUGCCAUCAAACAAAUGAAUCUUUCACAACAGCCGAAGAAGGAGCUUAUUAUCAACGAAAUUCUAGUCAUGCGAGAAAACAAACAUGCGAACAUAGUCAAUUAUGUAGACAGUUAUCUUGUCGGUGAAGAACUUUGGGUUGUUAUGGACUAUCUUGCUGGUGGCUCAUUAACUGAUGUUGUCACAGAGACAUGUAUGGAUGAAGGACAAAUAGCUGCCGUAUGUCGCGAGGUUCUACAAGCUUUAGAAUUUCUUCACAGUAAUGGCGUCAUUCAUCGAGAUAUCAAAAGUGAUAACAUUUUAUUGGGAAUGGAUGGUAACGUAAAGUUAACUGAUUUCGGUUUUUGUGCAACAAUAACGCCAGAACAGAGUAAACGUUCAACUAUGGUUGGAACACCUUAUUGGAUGGCGCCUGAAGUUGUCACUAGAAAAGCGUAUGGACCAAAGGUUGAUAUUUGGAGCUUAGGGAUUAUGGCAAUUGAAAUGGUUGAAGGCGAACCUCCAUAUCUUAAUGAAAAUCCUCUCAGAGCGUUGUACUUGAUUGCUACUAACGGAACACCUCCAGGUAAACCAUAAACUUCAAAUGAUUUUCAAAUGAUUUUUGGUUAUUCCUUAGAAAUGUCUGUU